AGCCCCACUGUGGUUGUGUCCGGUGUGUGUUUGUGUUUCUCUGUGUGAAUACACACUUCCGGUUUGACGUGUUUAACAAGGUGUGUCACAACAUGCAUACCAACUGAUUCUACUUAUCCUGGUUUCAUUUUGCAAUAGUGUGUCAGCGCAAACGCAGGUGUGGGCUGGCUGGCACUGACUCGUGGAGGUAUGAGGAGAAAUCCAGCACAGUCCUGAGAGAGGAGAGGAACUCCAGCACUUCUGUGACCAGCACUCUCAGAUUUCUACGUGGGAAACUCACACCAACAACUGUAAAAAGGUCAACGGGACAGUGAAGGGGGAAACCUGUGGAACGAGAGGAGGCCGCCGUGGACGGUGAAAGACAAGAGCUUCAGGAUGUGAGACAACCUGGAGGAGAUUCUUCGACUGCGGUUUGACCAAUGGGUCUGGGAUUCCAAUGUGGCAUUUCAGGCUCUGGGAUGUACAAGACGUUGCUGUGUUUCUCAGCAUCACAUUAUAUAUCUGUGACCUAGCGAGAGCCAUCUCCAUACAUUCUCCCCUGAGGAGCCUCACCAGGUCGGUGCAGGAGGACGUGUUUUUCUCAGUGGAUGUCACCUGCAGCGGGAUCCCCACCAUACAAUGGAACUUUAUGUCGGGAGCGGUGAGCCGCACCAUAGGGACUUGGCAGCCUGGGGUGUACACGAACAUAACGCUGGACUACAGCAGCAGGGUGCAGCCCUACCACAAUGGCUCCAUGGGCCUGUCGGACCUGCGGCUGCAGGACGACGGAUACUACGUGGUCACCGUCUCAGAGACAGCGGGAAGCAGCAAGGACGCUGGGUUUGUCCUGAAAGUGAACGAGGUGCUGUACGAGGACCUUCAGUACCUGUCCGUCUCCGCCUUAGCACUGGCCUGUCUGGCUGCUCUUCUCAUGCUCCUCAUGUGGCUGCUGGACAAGGCCUACAGGAGGAUAGUGGCAUGGAGACGCAGGAGACAGAUGCCAGAAAACAAUGCGACCGAGCUGCAGCCUCUUUGAUGAGGAACGUCUUGCUGAGCUUUGUACCAGGCACGAAGACACGCACUGGAACUACCGUUUUUGGAAUUUGUACAUAAAAUACUCAAAGUAAUCACACUGCUGAUGACGCCGAAUGUAAAUAUUUCAGAAAACAUAAUACAUUCUGUAUUUAUUGUUGCAAA